CUUUUGCGCAAAAUAGCAACUCGUUUAUGGUACUGUAGUGAAAUUGUAAGAUUGUUUGCCUGAAUUUUUUUUAAUCAUACCUUACCUCUUUUUUGGUUACACGAAAAGUUAGCUAAGCAUCUGAGAUAUUCUACCAUGGCGCCUUCCAAGCGGAAUUACGGCGACACGAUCGAAGCUUUGAAAGAUAUCAUCAAAGAAUCUUUGCAAAAUCCCGAGAGAAAGCAAGAAUUCGUCGAUGAAGGAUCUGUAGAGCUUAUUAUUGGUAAGGAGGAUCUUUUACUUAGGGUUAGUAAUGGUGUUUUAAAAUAUGGCUACCAGCUUUUAAAUGCGCAACUAGAGUUUUGUUUAUAUUUUUUUGUUUAUGCAUGCGCGUGUUCAAACAACUCGAUAAUUGUUCUGGAAGACAAAAGAUCAAUACAGAACUUUGUGGAAAGCGUAACUUCCGCGCAGUUUACUGCUUGAUAAGCAUGGGUUAUACUUGGAAAUGAAUUAGAUACAAACUCGGUUUUACGUGUAUAAAUACGUCUUCUUGGAAUGAAAACGAGGAUCUUAGAAAUUAGCUGUUAUUUGGUGGCUGCGGUUGUCCUUGUGGUUGUGAAGGUCAAAGGUUUUCCGAAGGUCUGAAUUUUAUUCAAUAGCUCACUGAAAAAUUGCAUGCUUUUGUUGUACUUGUUUGCCAGCAAGUUAGCAAAAAGUAAGAUUUUCGACUGUAUAGCCUCGGAUUGUGAUGCUGCAGGCAUCACCUCCCUGAGGACAUAGGGGGGCAUGAAAUCCUGCUGAUAAUCACAGUUGUAAGAGGUGAUUAACAUGCAACUUCUCCCUAUAAUAUCCAUAUAUUAUCCAAUAAAUACGUUAUGAGAAUACUCAAACUUACCAGUUUGAAGUUGUUAUCUUGAUCUAACUGCAUAUCCUCAAAACUCAUCCACAAGAAAAUGUGUAGCAGGUAGAGAGCAGAAUUAACAGUCAGAUCUUGCAUUGUAGGUUUGUGUGACAAAAGAACCAUUCCUUGGAGCCUUGGUGCAUACUGUGCAGCUGCCCUCAGAGUUCUCGCUUAUGGAAACCCAAAAGUGAAGGCUAAGAUUGUGGGACGUGGAGGAAUUCCUCCACUGUUGAAGCUUUGUGAUCCUGAACUGUCACCUGAAGAUACAGGUGUUGUGACAUUUAACUAAUUACACAGAUUCUUUUACAUUUUUGUCUGACAAACUAUUACUGGGAGAUCAUUGAGAAUUCUAAGUCAAGGAGGGAGGAGAGGGUGGAGGUUUGGAAAGUUAUUGCUUAGUGUCAUGCAAAGCUAGUGAGGAAUUUCUAUGGCCCCUUGAGAGGGUAGGGUGAGUCCACUCAUUUGGAACAUUCUCUUUGGUAGACAAGACUAUCUUAAAAAUCAAAUGACGUGGCUUUUAGAGCUGAAAUAUUUCCCUGGUUUCAAAACUUCAGAUUCAUGUAUAUUGACUUAACUGCACAUGAAGAGUUUGGAAGAGGUACAGUGGCACAAAAGUUGGUAUCCUGAACCAGACCCUUUAACUCCCAUAAGUGACCAAGACAGAAUUUCUCCUUACAAUAUCAACACAAUAUUAAGCAGACAAGUGAUAAGAAUAUAGAAAAGUAUCUGUAAGGGAAUUAUAAGUUGAUCCAAUGCCUUAUUCUCUAAACUAAUAUCAUAAGAAUUGUACAGCAGACAGUAAGGAGAAUUAGUAAUGAGAUCUUGGUGCAAAAAGGUUAAGAUUUAAAGAUGUAGGUUUUAGUUGGUAACCUGAGAUGGAGUAUCCCAUACAGGUCUACAUAUCUAAUAGCCAGAAGUGAUUAGCAGGUAACUUCCCCUACAGUAUCCAAACAUUAUUCAGUAAACAGGCAGUGAGAAUACUCAAACUUAUCAUGUACGAGAUAUUAGCUUGGUCAUACACAAAAUUCCUGUAACCAAUUUACUAGGAAAUGUGUAGCAUCAUGAGGGGAGAAUUAACAAUCAGAUCUUGGGAGUUAAAGGGUUAAACAGACUUAAUCAAUCUCUAAUAAAUUUUGCCUCAUAAGUGUGAUUCUCUAAUCAGGGUUAAUUUAUAUUUUACCAGACACCACAGAAGAUGCAUGCUGGAGAUUUCUUGCUCAUGAGCAGGCUGUUGCGGUGCUUCGUCUUGUCACCUUUCAGAGUAAAACAUGUCAAACAGAGGUAGUCAGUGCUGGUGCAAUUAAACUUCUUGUCAGAAUGUGUGAUAUAUUCAACCCUGAGGGUUUCCAUGGCAACUGUUGUCAGCCCCCUUAUUGGUCUUCCAGUGACGCAGUGCAACUACUUCAUGACUUAACGUACAGAAAGAAACUAGUUGGCCAAUUGAAAGAACUGAACCAGGACAAUAUCAGAGAAAAGGCUGUAAAGUUAAUCAAAACUGGUGAGGAAAUAAGUUGUGUUUUCAGUCAAACCAGGCCAUUCAAACGUAUCCUUGUAACACAGACUGAAUCUGUGGGAAGAACCUCCUUCUAUGGUAACUGCAGGUCAAAGUACCAUGUAUUUUAUUCAACCCUUUAGCUCGCUGAAGUUAUAAACAUGUAACUUCUCCCAAUAAUAUCCAUAUAUUAUCCAGAAAACAAGUAAUGAGAAUACACAAACUUAUCAGGUAGAAGUUGUUAUCUUGAUCUAACACCAAGUUCUUGGAACCAAUUUAAAAGGAAAUGGGUGGCAGGUAGAGGCAGAAUUAACGAUCAGAUCUUGGGAGUUAACAGGUUAAGUGUAGAACUAUGAUUUGCAGGUCUAGUGAGUGGUGUGAUACAAGUCAACAGGAUGUACAGCAUUGAUUUAUAUGAUACCACAAUGGACUAUCAGGAUAUAAGAAUUACUGACGAGUUGAUAAAGAGCCAGUUAAUGUGGCCAAGAAUGUCACUCGAUGAAACUAAAAGCUCAAAGGAUAAAGGAAAAUAUGUCAAUGCUAAGGUACAAGUUUGUAUGAUUUAGAUCAUUAUGAAGUGUAUGUUACAUCUUUCUUUUCUUUUGAUCUGGUGGUCUGAUUGUACAGGUAAGAGAAGUCGUCGUCAGAGUUGAGGGACGACUUCUGCUAUUGUUGUUGUUGAUCAGUUACUGCUAUUGACAAUGGUCCUUCUCAGGACUUCUCUUAUCUGAAUGUUAAAUGUUACUCCCCCCCUCCCCCCCCCCGUUAUGAUAUUGUUUCUCUCAUCCAUUACAUGUAUAUUCUUCUAAAUAAUUCUUUCAAUUGAUUUAAAUCCAGGCUCUAGUCUUUUUUUUCUUUUUUAUCUUUUUUAUCUUGAAAGUCAGAACAUAACACAGAUCAAGCAAUUUUUGUCAUUUUUCAGGAUGCAGAUGGGAGAUGGGCAGAUAUUUAUGUUACCCAGGUGAUUGAUGCAUGUCACUUUUGGGCCCAUGUUGGAGGUAAACCAGUGAUUGAAAAGAUGGAAGCAGUUAAUAGAAAGCUGUUAGCACAGGUAAUUCUUAACAGAGACUAGAGGUUCUUGUAAUCAGCCAACCACUGAACUCCCAUGAGUGAGUAAGAAGGAAUUACUCUUGAUAAUAUUUAUACAAUAUCAAGCAUACAAGUGAUAAGAUCAAAGAGAAAUUUCAAUAAGGGGAUUCUUACUUGAUCCAAUACCAAAUUCUCCAGACUAACCACAUAAGAAAUGUUUGACAGAAGGUAAGGAGAAUUACUAAUAAGAUCUUGGGAGUGCAAGAGUUAGGAAAGGAAAACUGACUGAUGUCUUGCAUUCUUUUGUCAUUUAGGAACAAAUUCCUCUAGAUGCCAUUCCAAAACCUGGAACAUAUGUCUGUGUCACUGAAAUUGUCGCAGGUCACUGGAACUCCUACAGAGCUCAAGUCCUAUUAGCAGAUGAUAGCACUGAUAGCAGUGCCACUGUGCAAGUCUUUGCCAUUGACAAUGGUUUCACUGGGACUGUUUCUGCUAACUGCUUGUACGUUUUACCAGAAGAACUACUUAAGAUUCCUCCCCAGGUACUAACUCAGUAAAAAAAAAAACCUCAAGAAAAAGAACCUUAAGAAGCUCUUGAUUGUUAAACAAAUUCUUCUUGUCAACACUCUAGGAAAUGUGUGGAGAAUAUGCAUACUAAUCUUAGGGUGUAAAGGGUUAUCUUUUUUGUAUUACGAGCAAAAUUCAAUUUUCUGAUUCUAGGCAACCUUAUGCUGCUUGUCUGGAAUUCAACUACCACCAAAAAGUGCUGAAGUAUUGGAACAUACUGCUGGUAAAUACAUGAUACUUUACACAGCAUUAUGAUAAAAUCAGAGUCAUCUUUGUGUGUGUAUAUAAUGUUCCAGUCAUUAAUAUUAAAUACUCAUUCCUAACAUAUUUCAGGCACCCUAAGAAAUUUAACUGAAGAUGAUAACUCAAAUCGUCUUUAUAUUGCUGCUCAAGAAGGACUAGAAUACCUUAUCAAGGUGGGUCUUGUUUUAGUGAAAAUAGCAUUAUUUUGUCUGUCUGUGAGAAUUGAGCCACAAACAUUACUGAGUAGAAAUCCACAUUAAUAAGUUGUUAUCCCUUUCUGCCAUAAAUUUAUGAGAAUUGCAUGCUUAGGUUCAGGGCUCAAAAUGACUGAUGGUCAGGUCUGGUCAAAUAAAGGUUUUGCCCAGUCAACUCCUUGAAUUGGAGGACAGUUUGUUCAGUAGUUUAUGUUUGGAAAGAAGAAUUUAAUUCUGAACUAAGUUCAAGUUUUAAAUACAGCUUUAGGACUUUUCCAGCAUUUAGUUCAAGGCUACAUAUAUAUUAAAGCUUAGUUAAUAUACCUCUUUGAUGAGUUGUCUCCAAGCAAAAAUAGGUUUGACCACACCAGUUAUCAUUAUUUGAGUGUAAAGUUGUGUCAUCAAGACAUGUAAAGUAACAAGCAAAUGUUCUUCUUGUCUGAAGUAAAAUUAGAUCUGGCCACAGAAAUCUGCAUAACAGCAGGAGAAUUUUCUUCUUCUGAGCUAAACAAACACUUUGCAUAUCUGAUCUUGUUGUUCCAAUUUGUUUAAACCACCUGUAAGGUUUUAGCUGGCUUACCCCUAAUUAAACCAACAUUGCUGCUCAUUUUCAGCUGUGUACUGUCCCAAACAGAGAUGUUUGUAUCCAGGCUGUAGGGGCCCUCCUGAAUCUUGCCAUCAACAGUAAGGUGCAGGUCAGAAUUGGAUUUCUGGGAGGCAUUCAAGCUCUCCUUGGUAACUUACUGUUUUUUCUCUGUUUUGAUAGUUGGAAACUCAUAAUCAGGUAACUGCUCUGUUGAUGGGGGUGACAAGGUGGCUCAUGAGAUAGCAGUCAGGAGUCAGGGCCAAAAGGUCUGGGUCUGAGACCUGACUGAGUCAUUGAGUAGUGUUCCUGGGCAAAACACUUUACUGUCCCCAUGCCUCUCUCCACCCAGAAGUAUUAGUGGGUACUGGUGAAUUGUCAGGGAAGCCUGAUGAAAUGCCCGGGGGGGGCAGCAUUGGACUGGCAUCCUAUCUGGGGAGGAGGAGCAGUACUCCUAGUCCCUUCAUGCCAUGGAAGCAGGGAUGAGUCCCACCUGGAGAGGCUACUUGGCUUGAGUGCAGACAUACUUACCCCUCUGAUGAUGACUUCUGCCCAUGACUACUUGGGUUGCUGGAUCAGAGGUCCCUUCCAACAAUAACGGUCCUUACUAGGACUUCCCUAACCUGGGCAACCAAACUGCAUGAUUGACAUUGAUUACAAGUUAUUACGUUUUUUUGUUUGAUUUUUGUGCUGUUUUUCUGUAGAUGUUUGCCAGAGGUUUUUACAAGAUGAAGAGAUUCUCCUGCUGGCUGUCGGAGCCAUUCAAAACCUGGUUCGAGAUUCUUAUGUGAACCGCUGUCGCCUGGCCGAUAGUGAUGGCUUGAUUGUACUGAGUCGCAUUUAUCGUGCCUCAGAAAGUGAAGCAAUAAAGACCAAAUGCCUUCAUGCUCUCAGGAACUUAGUAGGCAGAUAUAUGUGAGUAAUUUACAGUCUGUUGUGAGCCGGAAUAUGAGCCUUCCAUCACAGCGAGUGAACGUCGCGCAUGCGUAAGGGGAUCAAUUCUGGCCUCCAAGUCACGAUUGGUUUUUCGUAGACCGUUUGAUUGGUUAAAAGCAUGCAGAGAGCUUUUUUGACCAAUCACAGAGCGAAGUAAAGCAAAAGCAAAGAAAUCUGGGGUUACUUUCGACCCUCGACUGAAAAUUACUUUAAAAAUUAUCAAGUCAUUUGUUAGUGCACAUUUAGUCGGAUAGACGAGCUUCACGGGAAAAUGAAGGGUGGCUGUGAAUUGUUACCAUUGUAGAAAAGCAAUGAGCAAACAGAAGUAACCUGAUCUGCACACAACGCAUCAAAUUUUUACCCCAUAUCUUGCUGGAGCAACAAUCCUUUUCUUUUUCCACAGAACAAGUCUUGAGGACUGUGAUUUGAAGGUUACGAAAACGUUUCGAGACCUUGAUCCCCGCAGUAUAGUUGACGAGGCAAGUGUCAAUACAGUAAUUUAAAAGUAUAAGGGCUCAUCAUGUACACCAGAUCUAACAUUUACUUCCUACGUUUUACGCAGAAAGUAAGCUUCAGGUUUUCUCCUUCACAGAGUUGAUUUAAUAAAUAAAUGGCUUUCCUCUUUUAGCCGUCGGCUCUCUAAAACUGCUCACAAAAAUAAAUGGUCAGAUAAAAGAUUCAGCCAAAUUUAGAUAGUCUAAAAAUUAAUAAAUAAAUAACAGGCCCGUAGAGUCUUAGAGUUUACGUCUGGGGACUUUGUGGUCUCACGGUCAGCGUGUGAGACUCAUGGUCGAGAGGACUGGGUACGACACCUUGCCUGGUCACUAUGUUGAGUUCUUGGCCAACACACUUUACUCUCACAAUGCCUCUCUCAAUCUUGGAGAGGAAAUGGGUACCAGCAAGCUCUCAGUAAAGCACAACAAAAUGUUGAGGGAGGGAGGGGAAGGGGUAACAUAGACCAGCACCCCACUGAGAAACAAUACAAAAGUCCUUGUUUUUUCCUGUCGAAGACCGAGGCGCCUUGUGGGUCACUCGGCUCGAGUGACCUCGAAAUUUAUGGCUUAAACUGAUAAGGUUGUAACUUAGUUAAAACUGCACUGUUUACGAAUGGUUGUGUGCGUGUUGCAACUCUAUCCUCCUCAUUAAAUAAUACUAGUGUUGUUGCUAUUUUUAUCGUCACCGAAGGAUAUUUAUUUUAAAUUUGUUGACAGGGAAAAAAGUUUUCUUUGGCUGUAUCAGAUGAUGGAGGAUCGCGUUAUAGACGACCUCGACGAAGGCGACGGAGGUAGCUUACUAUCGUGCUUCAGAAAAGCUGUAACUUUAUGUAAACUUGAUCAUUUUUUAUAUGAAAGUAGAAAUUCAAGUAUCAUGUGCUUCCUCAAACAAGUAACUGAGUUCAUGUAAAAGCAAUUUUCCGUCAAGUGUCCAAAUUAAUCAAGGAUUGCUUUGGUCUUGCUUUUCUUCGCUUUGCGAUUGGUUCAGAAAACUCGUGCUUAUCCUCUUGACCAAUCAGAUUCAAGACUCAAACAAAUUGCGACUUGGUCACCGGCGUUUUCCCGCGCCGUAAACUGUUACCUGUUUUGCUUUGCGUUCUUAUUGGCUCCCUAUGAUAUUUUGCUUGUUCUGAUUGGCUUUUGUGGUUAGUUUAACCUUGGUGUUAUGACGCUCAAUAAAGGAGCACUCUUGAGCGAGAAAUCUUCAUUUACCUGCAAUAUUGCACGGCAAUUAAUCUAUUUUCCACACGUAAUGAAAUACUGUAAAUUUUACAGGUUGCGUCGCGGUGAGGUGGAAUCUAAACCUACACCAGUGGCGCUUUCUCCAGACAACAUUAGACGCAGUUCAAGCGGAGAAUCAAAAGGAGUCUCAGAUUAUGACAUCAGUAACAGCUAUGAAGAUACAGAUGGGGACACAGACGGAGAAAAACUGGUGACCAGCGAGCAGGUUACAUCCUCCAGCGAUAAUGUAGGUAGCUUUACUAUGCGGUUUAUGCAUAAAAAUCUUGUCUGAUUAAGUUAAGUGAAAGAUGGAUUUAGCUAAGCCUAAAAAGCGGAGCUCCAGAUAGAAGGUACUUUUUGCGAACUCGCUGGUCUAAUAAUUAGCGCGCAUGACUGCAGGCAAGUCUCAGUUGCUUAACCCUGUACAUCCUAAAAUCAGCAUGCACAUUCUCCAUACUGCUCUUUAUACAUUUCCCAAGGUGCUGACAAGGAGAAUUUGAGUACCAAUCAAAAGUUUCUUUCGUUGGUGACCAUUUCCUUUAUUCUCAUGACCUUAACGUGUUAUUCAGGGGUGAAAUUGUUGGGAGAAAUUUGAUGUUAGUCACUCUUAGGGUUUAAAGGGUCAAUUGAAUGCUAGAAUGAAUGCUAUUUCUUGCUGAGAGAACCUAGAUGAACUAAGCGUUGGCGCUUGGCCUGAGUCCCAACAUUACUUUUACGGAAAACUAUUAAUAAUGCACUAACAAUGACUGCAACUUGUUCUUGUAGACAGAUGUUGACAAAGAAAAGUAUUACAUUCAAGGCUAUCAUGUAUCGUUUAGUGAAGAUGACCUGCAUGAUAUCAGGUAAUUAAUGAUUUCAUUGGCCCCUUUUUUUCCUGCAACGUUGUUUUCCGUACCACACUAAUUGUUUCCUCUUUUUUUCCACUCAUUUCAAUUGCCAGGCCUCAGACCAACGUAAAUAAUGUCUCCAUAAAGCCAGUUACAAGGUAAGCCCUAAAGAGGCCAUGAAUACAGUUAAUUUAAUGAUUGGUAGCUAUGUGGCAUUUUAUUGACGCGACAUGUGUCCUUAACUGGGUGCCUAUGAGUGCGUUACGACCACAUCGCGUGACAUCGCGUGAUAGCAGUGUUGUGUUACAUACCUAAGGACUUUGGUGGAAAAAUGUAAGCCAUGGCGUAUUGAAGGUUUACAUUAACUCUUUAACUCUUAAGAGUGAUUAGUAUCAAAUUUCUCCUUACAAUAUCACCCCUGAAUAAAUCAUGAAGGCUAUGAGAAUAAAGGAAAUGAUCACCAACUAAAGAAGCUUUUGAUUGUUAAAAAAUGAAAAUGUCUAGGAAACAGUUUGGAGAAUAUGCUUAUGAUAUUAGGGAUGAAAACUUAGUCUUAUUUUUUUUUCUUCUAUAGAUCCCUAUGUGCGUUUUUGAACAGUGGCAAGUGUGGAACAGUUUACCUUGGAAUUCGCAAAGAUGGGAUUGUGGCUGGUUUGAAAAUUAAUAAAAAACAGGUAUGCUUGAGAAUAUUCUUUGCCUCGCAAAGUUCACAAAAAAAACAUUUAACCUCUUCAAGCUUGUCUGUUAUAAAAUUGUGAAAGUCUUCCCUUCAAUGGUUUUAAGAUAGAAUGGUUUCCCUCAAUGAACCCAGAAAUGGUUUUGUACGAGAUAAAAAGUUAAGUUUACAUCUUGUUUGUAAAACCUUCCACCUUCCUGUUUACGAGCUCCCGUUCCAAGGUUGGGUGAGCCCAGCGGUUACAAGUCAAGCAUGCGCAGAACAAAAUGAGUGCCCUUAACCAUUUUUUUAUUGUUUCGCAGCGUGAUCAGUUGCGUCUUGGUGUCGAUGAUAUUAUGGAUCACUUUCACCCGUCAGUCAAACAUCACAGCUAUCAAGUGGACUUUGUACCCGUAGUGAGACAGCGAGGCAGUGAAAAGUAAGAUGGAAGGAAUUGUGAAUUGAGUUGCAGAUUAGGCUAUCUGGGGUAUAUUUCUCCCAACGCAAGUCUGCAAUGUGUGCGAGUGCACAAACUGGAUUUUGAGGCGAGCAGCUCAUAUAUCAAAGUUAUUUAUCGUUUUCUUCUUUUGUUUUUGUGGUAGGCUCAGUUCAAGGGUACAAGUUGAAGAUCGUUUUGUGGUGGAGAUCAAGAUUGUGAAUUGCCCCGGUUUGACCUAUACGACUCCCAACGGAAAGUAAGAGUCUGCUCGGUCUCAACAUAUUCUUAUAUUUUGCCCUUUUGACCUUGAUCAGGCGAUAUUUCCCGCGCUUCGUACCUGAUGCAAGUCUUUUGCGCCGAACUCUUCGCUAAUUGCAUGUUUUCCCGCGCUUCUCUUUUGAGUUUAUGUUUUCCUACGCUUGACACUAAGAAAACAUUUCCCGAGCUUCAAACUGGCUGCACACAACCCGUGCAAGAAUUUUCGCCAAUGUUACACUGACAACUACGAUUCAUAUUUUUUACAGGUGUUUCUUCCGUCAGAAGAAUAGGAACGAAGAGGUACUGUCAAGAAUGCUAUAAGUAACUAUUGUAAAAUGCGUUACUACUUCAUAGAAAAUAGUGCCGUUUCCUCUUAAUCCGUUGUUCUUUUCACUUGAGUGUUGGGAAGACUUUGUGUCCAUCUGCGCUGAUGGAGAGUAACAUGCGGACGCUUUGAACUUGCAGUAGCGGAAUCUGAUACAAAACUAGGCGACUAGGUUCGUGAUAUAUUGAACGUGGAAAUGUUUCCAUGGUAUCAGCAGUCGGGUAUUUUCCUCAUUCUAUGAUUGGUUGAAUAUCUUUAGUUAUCUCUACCAAUCAGAUGUAACAGCGCAUAUCAUUACGACUUGGUCACGGGUGAUUUUCCCACGUCUGGAGCUAGUUAAGUCAUUUGUCAGUUUAUGGUUUAACUGAAGUUGUUAAUUUUUCCCCUUUAUUUUGGGUUUUUAGCGAAGUUUGAUGAUCCGGUAGUGUUAAAUUAAAACUAAAAUAAUCACAGUGGAAAUUGCGAAGAAGUGCGAUUAUCCCAAAGAGCCAAUUAAACUCUAAGUAAGAACUUUAAAACUAUCAAAAGCGUGGGAAAAAGGGGGUGAACAAGCCGAGAUUGAUUAAGUUUUGCACGUUAGAAAGUGGAGCAUAUUUUUCACUCUGAUCGCAGAACAUAGCACGGCAAAACCAAAGCUAUCCAAGUUCAAUCGAAACUUGCUAUGAGAUAACUGACCAGCUGGAAAAACAACAAUUUAAAUAAACAUCAUCUUCAGCACUGAUUUGUUUGCGGAACUAAGUAGCUUAUGCUUUUACAGUACACAACACAAGAGGUCAGGGAGAGAACUAUCAAGGAACAGGAGGAUCUGUAUAACAGUGAAAUGCAGAGGUAAGUCCGAUUUUGAUCUUGUGUGUCUUUUUUUGCGUCAUAUUGCGCAGCAUAGAAAGAAACCGAUUGAAUAUUCGGCUGAAAUUGCGAUGUCGUGGAUUUCUUUUCCUCUAUUCAGAUCAUUUGGUUUUAUCAACUGAGUUGAUAAUUUAAAUUGGUCAUCGAUCAAAGUUUCUAAAACUGACGUUUCCAUCGCCAAAUAGUAUGCGAGCGAAUGGGAGCGAAAUUCUCUGAAACUCUGUUGGAUCAAUAUCAGUUUCUGGGCAACUGUCCACCCUCCGCUCCCCUAACCCAGACAACGAGUUAAGGUUAAUGUUGGGUUAGGGGAGGGGUAGGUGGGCAGUUGCCCAGAUACUGAUAUUUAUCCACUCUGUAGAUAACCUAUCUAAUUGCAAAAUGAAAUAUGGAUGGGUUUUGAAUGAUUUCAACGAUGGAUUUUAAUUCACGCGUUUUAAACCAUCUUUUAACAGAAUAUUUUCUUUUUUCUUUAUUUCUUGGUAGUCUGCGUAUGGAAUUGGAUGAAAUGAAGAAGAAACUCAGUGAAAAGUCAGGUGUCACUGAUGAUACACCACUCAACUCGCACCAUCAAGACACAGGUCUGACAUCGCAACACAAAGGAGGAACGGUUUCCCUAAACGGAUGCAAGAGAACUUCAAGGAUUCGAGGAUCUGUAGAGAAUUCUUCAGACGCACCCAAAGAGUCAACACAGGAAGAAUUACAGGCUGCUAACUGUGUGAUCGCUUGACAAGAAAAACCAGGAAAAAUGUACUUUUUUGGGUCAAAGAAUGAACGCACACUAAAGUUACACAACGAUUACUUUGUUUAGAUCCGUUUUAUUAUCUGAACAACUGCACAGGUUUCAUGAUUUUGCAAGAAUUGAUAUUUUAGGACCAAUCUCUUACUGCUGCAAGCCAACUGUUACAUCGUACCCUUUGUGUUUUCCUAAAAGCGUUUGUUUG